CGCAGCUAAAUGACGUAGUCGUUUGCUCCCGGUAUAAACACAAGCGCCCCGAAAUAAAGCUUUAAAGCCUCUCGGGACGGAUAAACCGAGCCUACCGGUGUCGCGACCUUAGUCGGCUCGGUGCGCCUGGCUGUUGCCGGUGUUUCCCCCGGUAUCGUUCCUUCUUUUCUACCGUUUAUGUUAUAUUAACGCCGGAUUGUCGGUCACUUUUCCCUACACGGGUCCCGGUGCCGCAGCAUCUCUCAACCCGCUUGUUUCUGUGGAUGUUACGGGAAAAGGAAGCGGGAUGGAGUUUCGCUCGGGGCUCUCCCGGUGCUCCGACACGGUGAGGUAACGGGUGCCGGACGGGAUCACACACGCACCAAGCAGCAGAAACCUGUUGCCGGUGACGCAGAGGAUGAAAGGAGCCGCCGUGCUGCUGCUGCUGCUCAGCUGCCGUGCGGCGUUCACUGCCGCCAUGUCCCUGAACGCACCGCGGGACUACCGGACGGACGGUACCGACAGACUGACCACGGCUGUGACAGGUGUGGACGUUGGGCGGCGCCCCCUGCUGGGGAAGACACGCCCCUUUAUCCUGGUGGGUGGAAAGAGGAGGAGCCUCAGCGAAGCCUUACAGGACGGCCACCCAGACAGGCUGCAGUGUGGACUGGAGGUGGGAGGACGUCUCUUCCUGCUGGACCUGGAGAAGAACCACGACCUGCUGCCCAAACCGCCCCACGUCUUCUACUACCUGCCCGACGGCACCGGGGUGUCUGUGAGAGCCGACCCUGUGACUCACUGUUAUUACCAUGGCAACAUCCAAGGAUUCCCUCACUCCAGAGUGGCUCUGAGCACCUGCUCUGGACUCCGCGGCCUCAUUGCCUUCAACUCCACCCUGAGCUUUGAGCUGCAGCCUCAGGAGGACCUCCACCAGCAGUGGGGGGGGGAUGGGAGCGGAGGAGGAGGAGACGAAGAAGGUGGGGUUCACCUGCUGUUCUCCACCAGCCCUCGGGAGGGCGACGCCACUGGGGGCUGCGGGGUCUCCCACGCUGCCGUCCCCCCCCUCCACAGCUCCACUCACGCACACCGGAGGAAGAGAGACAUCCUGUCUGAGACCAAGUACAUCGAGCUGGUGCUGGUGGCAGAUCACCAGGAGUACCUGAACUACCAGAAGAACAAUAAAACCCUCAUCUACCGCAUGCUGGAUGUGGCCAAUCAGGUGGACUGGUUCUACCGGCCGCUGAGCGUACGCGUGGCGCUCACGGGUCUGGAGAUCUGGAGCGACCGCGACAAGAUCCAGGUGGAGAAGAGUCCCACCGACACCCUCAACAACUUCCUGCAGUGGAGGACCAGGGAGCUGUUGCCGCGGCUACGCCACGACAACGCCCAGCUGGUCAUGGGGGAGUCCUUCGACGGCACCACGGUGGGGAUGGCCUCGCAGGCCUCCAUGUGCUCCAGGGACCGGUCCGGUGGAGUCAACGUGGACCACCUGGUCAGCGUGCUCGGCGUGGCGGCCACUGUGGCUCACGAGCUCGGUCACAACCUGGGGAUGAGUCACGACACCGCAGAGCGCCGCUGUUCCUGUCAGAACGAACAGCGCCACGGAGGAUGCAUCAUGGAGCCGUCGACCGGGUUCAUGCCGGGUCAACAGUUCAGCAGCUGCAGCGCUGCAGACCUGUCCGUCAGCCUUCUGCAUGGGGGGGGGAUGUGUCUCUUCAACGUCCCUCAGCCGGACCGCCUGCUGGGGGGACCUCGAUGUGGGAACCUCUACGUGGAGACGGGGGAGCAGUGUGACUGUGGGCUGCUGGAGGAGUGUGAGGACCCCUGCUGCAACGCCUCCACCUGUCAACUUGUUUCUGGAGCUCAGUGUUCAUCUGACGGAAUCUGUUGCCAAGACUGCAAGCUAAGAGCGGCUGGUUCGGUGUGUCGCGAUCCGAUUGGAGAGUGUGACCUUCCAGAGUUCUGCACUGGCUCGUCUCCUUACUGCCCCCCAAACGUCUUCCUGCAGAACGGGGAGCCCUGCGAAGACGACGCUUCCUACUGCUACGAGGGGGUCUGUGCCAGCAUGCUCACCCAGUGCAGGAUGCUGUGGGGACCCAAUGCCACCACUGCUCCACCUGUCUGUUUCUCCUCAGUCAACAAACAAGGAAACAAAUAUGGGAACUGUGGUCAGCUGAGCAACGGCUCCUACAUACCUUGUGGAAACUCCGACAUGCACUGCGGUCGUAUCCAGUGUCGGGGCGGGAGGGAGCGCCCCCUGCUGGGCACCAACGCAGAGAUCCUCACCACCACGGUGCGCUUCAACCACAGCGACCUGGUCUGCAGGGGAACCUUCUUCCACCUGGGGGACGACGUGUCGGACCCCGCCACCGUGGCCCAGGGCACCUCCUGCGGCCCCGGCAAGGCGUGUUUGAACCAGAAGUGUCAGGACGUGUCCGUGUUCCAGGUGGAGGAAUGUCGCAGGAAGUGCAACGGUCACGGGGUGUGUAACAGCAACAAGAACUGCCACUGCGAGACGGGCCGGGCGCCACCUGACUGCAGGUACUCGGGUCACGGGGGCAGCGUGGACAGUGGACCGGCCCGAGCUGCUGGAGGGUCUGACCCAGUACGAGCGGCACUGCUCGUCAUCUUCCUCUUCGUCCUGCCCUCACUGCUCCUCUUCCUCGUGCUGCGCUGCCCUCGUUUCCGUCAGAAGUUCCUGUGUGUGUGUGUGGGAGGCCAGACGCACAAAGGCCGCCAACACAACCGGACGCCGGUGAUGGAGCGAGUGGACGGACGGAACGGAGAGCAGGUCCGACCUCUCAGGUACCACCUGAACCCCCCCACCGACAUACCGCUGACCCCGCCCACCAAAGAGGGCCAUGACAGACCCGCUAAGCCACUCCCCCCUGACCCCGCCUUAAAACCCCCGCCGCAGGUUGCUGUUCCACUCAAACCCGUGGUGCCGGUGAAGCCCCGCCUCCUGCCGCCACCGUCCAAGCCCAACAUCCCCCCCCACCCCAACUACGCCGCCACCAAACCACCGCAUCACCGAGCCCCUUGCAACAGACAAGCUCCUCCUCUUCUACCCCAUCAACCAUCAAACCCUCACAGAGUGGAAACGUCUCCUCUCUGAGGAGUCUACCUAGAGAACCAGAUGAUGAAGAUGAGGAUGACUUCAUUACCUAAUUUGCACGCAUUUGUUGGAUUCUCACCUCAUCCUUCACGAUCUAAGACUGUAGAACGUGCCUUGGUCAGCAGCACCUCCGCUCAUUGUGUUGACUCAGGGGAAGUGAAGAACCGUCCUAUGACCAGCAGCAAAAGGGUCCUCUGUCCACAGGACUACUACGGUCUACAGGACCCUCUAUAGGACUCUACCGGACCUUCUAUAGGGUCUACAGGACCCUCUAUAGGACCUACAGGACCCUCUAUAGGACUCUACCGGACCUUCUAUAGGGUCUACAGGACCCUCUAUAGGACCUACAGGACCCUCUAUAGGACCUACCGGACCCUCUAUAGGACUCCAGCGGACCUUCAAUAGGACUGUACCAGAGCUUCUAUAGGACUCUACCGGACCUUCUAUAGGGUCUACAGGACCCUCUAUAGGACCUACAGGACCCUCUAUAGGACUCUACCGGACCUUCUAUAGGGUCUACAGGACCCUCUAUAGGACCUACAGGACCCUCUAUAGGACCUACCGGACCCUCUAUAGGACUCCAGCGGACCUUCAAUAGGACUGUACCAGAGCUUCUAUAGGACCUACCGGACCUUCUAUAGGACCUACAGAACCUUCUAUACGACCUACAGGAACUUCUAUAGGACUCUACCGGACCCUCUAUAGGACCUACCGGACCCUCUAUAGGACUCCAGCGGACCUUCAAUAGGACUGUACCAGAGCUUCUAUAGAACCUACAGGACCCUCUAUAGGACCUACAGGACCUUCUAUAGGACCUACAGGACCUUCUAUAGGAUUCUAGCGGACCUUCUAUAGGACCUACAGGACCCUCUAUAGGACUCUACCGGACCUUCUAUAGGACCUACAGGACCCUCUAUAGGACCUACAGAACCUUCUAUACGACCUACAGGACCCUCUAUAGGACUCUACCGGACCUUCUAUAGGACCUACAGGAUCCUCUAUAGAACCUACAAGAUCCUCUAUAGGACCUACAGGACCUUCUAUGGGACUUUUUAGAUAGCGGUUAAAUAGACCAAUGACAUCAUCAUAGAAUUAAUCUUCUUCUUCUUCAUGAAGUCAACGUGUAUUAAACAGGUUUUGAAAUCGUGGAACAAAUCUUCACCAAAAGUGAAGAUCAGAAAAGACUUGGAUCUUGGAUCCACCCGAAGGUUCAAAGGUUCUGACUAACUGUUCAGACCCGAGAGUUAGAGAAUAAAGCAGAAAUAUUUUGGAGAAUAUAUAACUUUUUUGGAAAGUAUGAUCAACAUUAUGAAUUUAUUUUUGUAAUAAAAAUGCAGACUAUAUUUAGAAAAAAGAUUACUUUCACCAAAAUAUCAAUACCUUUUUAUUGUAAUAUUGAAUAUCUCAGCACUUUAAAUAUUAAUCACAUUCAUUCUGUUACAUCAUUACAAUAUUUUUCACUUAUUACUUUACAUUUUUCAGCUGGUCUUUCUAAAUGGAUUAUUAUUAUUAUUAUUAUUGUUCUUUUUGGUGAAGUGUUUUACUCUUUAAAGUGAGAACUGGUUAUCAGUCCUCUACUCGUCUGUUUUUGCAAAAUCUGGUGGGUUUUUUUCUUGUUUUUUUUCUUAGAGACGAAGAAUAAUGUUUGUAAAGUUAUGCCAAAGAAAAUAUAUAUUGCUUUUAUUUUGAAGGAGAUCCUUUUCUUUUCCAUUUUUGCAGAUCUCAACAAAUAACGUUGAUGCACUGAACAAAACGAGGAGGUUUUAAACGGACAAUAACUAAAUAAAAAGUUCUGGAAAAAAAAGUUCAGUUAUCUUUAAAUACUCCUUAGUUGUACUUAAUGUACUUAGUUCACAGUAAAGACCUUUAAAGCAUCUUUUAGGUCACAUUCGUUCACUGCAGAAAAAUGUUUUUUAAACUGCGUAGUAGCAGGAAGCAUGUAGAGGAAGUCCCGCCCACAGGAAGUGAUGUCACUAUGCCUCUUGUUUUGGGGGGGGGGGGGAAAUGAAUGUGUUCACCCAACAAUCCUUAAAGAGUUAAAUAGCAAACAGGUCUGAUCAUUCAUACCUAUUGAUUGGUAAUUGAUUGAUUGCUCAUCGUGGAAACGUCCUUAAUAAAAACAAAGGUUUCUAACUCC